ACAAAAAAGCAGCCUCUAUUCUUAAUGUUUCAGCUCUUGUUAACAAAUCAUACAAAGCAAUCAUCAGACAUUUUGAAGCAUUAGCUCGAAAUAAUAAAUGGACAAACCAGGACAGAUCAAUAUGGCCAGUAUCAAAAGAGUCUCUUAUCAA